AUGGUUAGGAAAAAUAGUGCAAUAACUAUAUUGGGCAUGCACACCAUGAUGCAUUGUUGCUUAAUCCUCUUCUUCCUAGGGGGAUUAGCAACUAUAAGUUACUUUAGAAGUUAUAAUCAAGAAGCUAACGUUAAACUUUUUCUUACGGCUACGACACCAUAUGCAAACACGAGUACAAAAGUUUUUGAUCAUUCGAAACAAAUGAAAAUCAUUGUCACACCAACAACUCGCACAUGUGAUUUGUUCUCCGGCAAAUGGGUUUAUGAUAACAAGAGUCAAUACCCUUUGUAUAAAGAAGAUCUGUGUCCUUAUCUUAAGGAUAGCUACGAUUGCCAAACUCAUGGAAGAAAGGAUACAAAGUAUCUUCAAUGGAGAUGGCAACCCCAUGACUGCGACUUCCCUAGGUUUGAUAGCAAUGCAGUAGUAGAGAAGCUAAAGGGCAAAAGACUGUUGUUUGUGGGGGAUUCGAUAAGCCGAAAUCAAUAUACUUCCAUGAUUUGCAUGCUCCAUUCAUCAAUCCAAGGGGACAAGAAAGUCAGUGGAGAUCUCAAUGGCAGCCUGCGUACUUUCAGGGCGACUGACCACAAUAUAUCAAUUGACUUCUACUGGGCUCCUAUGCUAGUCGAAUCGAAUGGGGACAGUCCAACUAACCAUCAUCCUAAUGAUAGAAUGGUUCGAAUGGAAACCAUUGAGAAGCAUUCUAGGCAUUGGAUUAAUGCAGAUAUACUCGUCUUUAAUUCCUAUCAUUGGUGGAGAAAACCCAUAGUUAAGCUCGCGCAAAGUAUUGGAUCACGUUUGGAUGGUCCUGAUCAAGUGUAUGAGGAAAUAGAUUAUCUGAGUGCCUACAAGAUGGGUCUCAAAGCUUGGUCAAAAUGGGUAUUUACCCAAGUUGAUCACUCGAAAACCAAGAUAUUUUUCAUGGGGCCUACAACAAUUCACUCAAGGGCUAAAGACUGGAGAGGAAGGAACCAUGCAAGUUGUUAUGGAGAGACAGAGCCCGUGAAAGAGGGUGGGUUGAUCAGGGUAAAGAGAAAAGAUUCGAAAAUGUUGAGUAUAUUUGAGUCAUCAUUGAGCAAGUUGAAAGCCAAGGGGGUGAAUCUACAUAUCAUAAACGUAACACAACUGACACAAUACAGAAAAGACGGACAUAUCACGGUUUACAAGAAAUAUUGGCGUCCCUUAACCGAGCUUCAAAGAAAGCGGCCAGAACUCGCUUCUGAUUGUUCACAUUGGUGUCUUCCUGGAGUUCCUGAUAUAUGGAAUGAACUUCUAUUGGCUUUGUUGGGUUAAUCAAGUUGUAUU